GUUCAAGACCCGCGAAGCUUUUGCGUGGGAGUUGGCGAUGGAGCGCUUGCCGCCAAGCACGUUUCCGACGCAGGACGAGGACGACCGCUGCAUGCGCCUGAGCAUGAGUGCUUCCGACGUCUACAUCGAGGCGCCGCCCAUGACGCAGGAGGCCGAGCUCCAUGUCUUCCCGCUGCGCCUGGGCACGGCCGAGGAGAGCGGAAUCCCCUACUCCAUGGACGACGACGAGUACAUGACCCCGAUACCGGAGUGCGUGGCCGUCGCUCCAGCUGCCGAGACCUCGCCGCCGACGGACGUGACGCAUCUGACCGACUCGACGCAGCUCACCGAGACGACGAACCUCACGGACGUCACGCAUCUUACCGACGUCACGCACAUCUCGGACGAGACGCAGCUCAUGGAGGAUCCGCCAUCGGACACGGACACGUAUGUGUGGAGCGACGGCGACGAGGUCCAGGCGACCCAAGUGGUUGAAGACGUUCAUGACAUCGAUGAGGACGACGACGACUAUGAGACCGAGUGGCAGGGCGACCCCGGUGCGUUGGCACCACGCCACUCGGCAAAUCCCGCCCACAAUGCGCUCAUUCCAGAGCCUGCACUCGCUUCAAAUGACGGCGAUGCUCGAGAUGACGAUCAUGACCUCGACAUCGAUGGCGGCCGGGAAGACGAGGACGAGUACGACGAAGAGAUGGAGGCCACGGAACUCGCCCCGUACGACUCGGCUCCUGCCUCAGUGCUGGUCAGCAAGACGCCGGCUGGGCCAGCCCGAGAUACGACAUCCGGCAAAGCAGCGCUACGCUCAACUACGACUAAAUCCGACGCCGAUAGCUCGGUGCCACCGACGCCUGCAGCGCCCGACUCGCAUCCCGAGCGGCUCGACAUUGUCGAAGAGUCGAUCGACGACGUGCAGGCAACGCUUAGCGAUGCGUACUCGCCAGCGUCGGCGCCCCAGCCCAAGCUCUUUCUGGUUCGGCGGCUCAAAGACGAGUUUGUGUCGACGGACAAGAAGUCUCCGGCGUCGCAGUCGUUUGACUUUGCCGACAGCCAGUCGUCGGACGCGCCGACGCUCCAGCGCCGAUUCGAUUUUCUAAACGACGCGUCGCAGUCGCAACCCGAGACGCCGUUUAGUCCGCCAGACCUCGGUGCGAUCGCCACGACUGCCCUGCACGCAGGCUUGCACGUCGCCAACUACGUCUCUCCGUACCACCGAGUGCGACCGCCGGUGCCACGCCCGCCGACCUUUGUGGACGCUGUGCUUCAGCAAGCAGCGCAUCGUCCGUCAACGACGCCGACGUCGGUGUCACCGCCGCCUUGUAAACAGCCGUCGUCCAAGCGACGGGUGAGUACACCCACGCCGUCGACGACACCGCAGAAGACGCCGGCCGCAACAUCCGUGGCGACCCCCGAGUCGGCGCGAAAACGAUUCAAAACGUCGACGCCGUCGCCCGUACCUGUGCACGAAGCCAAGCGGGCGUAUCCGUCCCGUAGCACCAAGCUCUUCAACAAGCGGUACCACUUUUUCAUCUCGGGUUUCGAGGUGCCAGCGUCCAAGCAGCUCCAGAACCAAAUUCGCGCGUACGGCGGCAAGGUCGAGUCCAAGCCCGAAGUCAUGCUGGACCUUGAAAACAAAUGCUUUGUCAUUGCGACGCCCGAGGCCAGCCGCCGCCUCAAGUUUCACUAUGCACUCGUGUGCCGCGUCCCGAUCGUACACCCGGAUUGGCUUGCGGCGUGUUUUCAGACACAGUCGAUCGUCGACAUUGCGGGGUACUGGAUACCUGCCGGUCUCUCGUGGACGCUCAAGCGCAGUCCCGUGCGGGCGCCGGAACACAACUCCAAGCUCUUUAGCAAGCUGCGAUUUGGCAUCCCCUUCGACGUCUCGUUCCAGGACCGCGACAGUAUUCAAGGUUUGGCCGACGCCACCGUCUUCAUCCUCGACGGUUGUGGUGCGCGCGGGGUCGUUCGGGGUGUCAAGCAAGCAGCGAUCAAGGCCGGCAAAGUCGACGUGCUCAUCUCCAACGAGCAGACUUAUUUGUGUUCGAUUGCGAACGACUAUGACAUUCCAGUCGUCCGCUUUGCGUGGAUCUACGAGUGCAUCAUCUUGCAGCGCGUCGUUGAGUUCGAGCACGCCCAUUUUACCCCCGAUCGCUUCAACAACGACGGCAAGCUCGUGUCCAAAGCCAUGGAAGUGAGUCUUCCGAAUGAAAAGAAAACCAAAAUUGCUGUCGGUGAAAUGCUUCUCGUCGACACGACCGCGUCGGCCAAGACGCACCACUUACGCUACCAAGUUUGCCAAGUGAUGCGCAUCGAAUAUGACGCCGACGACGCGAUUGCCAUCAAAGUGCAGCUGUACAAACGCACGCGCGACCAAACCCAAGGGCUUGUCUGCGUUCGCAAAGUGUUUUCGAUCGAGCCCGACAUGAUCAAGCGCAAAGCGUGCUUGGUGACAUUGGACGACUACACCAAGCUUACGUACAAGGACCCGACGAUCUUUUACCUCGAGCCGUCGACCGCCGAUGCAUUAUAGCGUGAACACACUCGGUUCUUUGUCCAUAGCCAUCCGACAAAAGCAGAGAGCCGUGCCGAGAACCGCCGGAACAAGAAAUGACGUCUUGCC